AUGUCAAAUUUAUCAUCACCUGUUAAAUCAACUUCAGGAGGUGAUGGAUCAUCGUCAUCAUCAUCAUCAGCAGCAGGAGUAUCAAUCGACAAGGCAACAAGAGAAGAGUUGGUAGAAUUUAUAAAGAAACAAGCAUUGCAUAUUAAAAAGGUAGAGACUGUCUAUCAAAAAGUUAAAAAGGAAAAUGUAGAGAUUACAACUAGAUCGAGUCAAUUGGAGGAGGAAUCAAACUAUCACAAACAAAUGUCACAAUCAAUGAUAAAGUCGUUGGAAGAUGAAUUGGAAACGACGAGGAAAAAACAACAAACAAUGAGGAAUCACAUUGAAGAAUCAUUGAUGGAAACAUUUCAAGAAGAGAAACAAAUCUUUCAAGAAGAACGAAAACGACUUCAACUACAAGUUGAUCAAUUUAAACAAUCUUUGGAACAAUCUAAAUUGAUCAUUGAUAAUUUAAAUAUUCAAUUAAUUCAAGAAAAAGAAAAAGAAAAUGAAAAAGAAAAAGAAAAAGAAAAGAAUCAACAACAACAACAAUUAAAUGAUAAUGAUAAAGAUUUGGAAAAAUAUGAAAAUGAAUUUAAAAAGGAAAUUGAACAAGAAAAUGAUGAUCAAGAUAAUAAUAAUAAUAUUAAUAAUAAUAUUAAUAAUAAUAUUGAUAAUAUUGAUUUGAUAAUGGAAAAAGAAAAAGAAUUAUCAAAUCAAUUGGAAGAGAUGGGUAAACAAUUUCAAGAAAGAUAUAAAACUUAUUUGGAAGAAAAGGAUAAUACUAUCGAAUUUUUAUCUAAACAAAAAAAGGAAAUAGAGGAAUUAUUGGCAGAUCAUAAUCAAGAAAUGAUAGAACUUCGAAAUGAAAUCAAAACAAAACAAGAAGAAUCAAUUAGAGAUCAAAAUACAAUUAAUACUUUACAAUCUCAAAUAAUUGAUCAAAACAACCAAAAUAACAACAAAAAUCAAGAUGGUGAUGAAAUUGUAACAUUAAAUGAUAAAGUAAACAAAUUAAAGAAUCUAUUAUUAGGUGCUCAAAAACAUGUAUCUGAACAAAAAAAACAAAUUAUUGAUAAAUCUAAUGAAAUAAUAAUAUUAAAUCAAACAAUUAAAUCAUUAGAAUCAAGUAGAGAUGAUAAUGAAUCAAUGGAAACAGAGUAUCAUGAAAUGAAGAGAAAUAUAGAUUAUUAUCUCCAAAGAAUAAGAUUGCUGGAGGAUCAAUUAUCAUCUACUGGUAUUUCAAUGAAAUCUCUUCAAGAAGAUUUUAAUCAAUAUAAAAUUAAAGCUGCUCAUGCUCUUAGACAACAAGAACAACAAGAAGAGGAAACAAAAAACAAAGAAAGUAAUAGACUAGAACAAGAAGAACAUGAAGAAACGAUUGGUCAAUUGGAACAGGAAAUUAAAGAUUAUAAAGAAAAAUUGGAAAAAUUAUCUUUGGAAAUUGAUACUCGUAAACAAAAUCAAAACAAAAGUGAUCAAACCAUUCAUUCCAUUCAAGAACAAUUGGAUAUUUUACAUUCUGAAAAUGCAAAAUAUGAAAAUACAAUUAAAUCUCUAAAAGAUCAACUUGAUGAAAAAAAUAGUAAAGAGAAAUUAAAAAAAAUGAUUCAAAAUGAAAUAGAACAAGAAAAAGAAGAACAAGAAGAUCAAAUUAAUCCAAAUUAUCAAAAUGAAUUAAAAUUAAAAGAAGAAAAAAUUAUAGAGUUACAAUCACAAUUAAACUUUUUUAAAAGAAAUAAUAAUUCAAUAAUGAGAGAAAAGGAAAGAUUAAUUGUACAACAAAGAGAAACAAUUAAAAAUUUACAAGAUCAAAUGAAUAUUGAAGUUAAAACUGAACAACAGGAAGAACAAGAAGAAAAUCAAAUCGAAAAGGAAAAUGAAAAUGAAAAAGAAAAUGAUCAAAAGGAAAAUGAAACACCUGUUCCAUUUAGUAUUGAACAUUUAUUACCAAUUUCAAAAGAAUCAACCUCUCGUACGAUUGAAUUUCCAAAAGAUUCAAUUCCUUUAGAAGUUGAAAAAAUCCUUGAUCAUUAUGCAAGAAGUCAAGCAAAUAGAGAUGAAGAAUUAAGAAAAUUAACAACACAAAUUAAUGAUUAUAAAUAUUUAUUAAAUGAAGGAGAAAAGAUGGAAAAGAAACAUUUGGAACAAGAAAGGUUAUUAAAAGAAGAGAUUAGAAAUUUGGAAAGAAUGACAAAACGUGAAGGAUCUAGUAUGGAAUACUUGAAAAAUAUCAUUUUAAAAUUUAUUGAAAAGGAAGAUGAAUCACUCAUCCCUGUUAUAUCAAAUUUAAUGCAAUUCAGUCCAGAAGAAUUGGCAAAGACUACAGAAGCUGUAAAAUUAAAAAAAGCAUCCAUUUGGAAUGUUUCAUCUUAUUUUGGUAGAUAA